GGUAAGCGCACUAGCGGAAAGGCUGUUGCAACGAGCGUCAAGUCUGCUGUCCCUAAGAUUAGCCAUUGCUUUUAAGCCGACUACUUUAACCUGCACUGCCUGCGUACCAAGUCAAGGAAACCAGCGGAUUUCUGAUCGAUCAGUUUCAAUCUGAUAAAGGAUGAGAAAGACUGGGAUCAGAAGGAGACAUUUAGUCCCAUUCGGUCGCUCAGUGAGUAUCUUGCAGUUACUUGUGCUGUCUUGGGAAAUACUUAAAACUUCUGCAUGAAUGCCCCCAUUUAAUCGCGGGGACAGCAGCCUUUUACCAAGGCAUCCCCUGAAAAAAAAGGAAAAUAUUUUCCAGAACACAACCAAGAAUGUGUCUGAUGAUUUCUGUCAUACUUUCUUUGCCUUUUGGACUGACAACACGGCCAGUGGAAAGACGUGCGCUUAUGAGCUGUGUUCCGUUUUUUGUCCACUAGGUUUGUUUUUCAUUUGCAUGUUUUUGUCAUUGAAAUUUAUAAUUUCGCUGAUAUAACGACGUUGAUGCUGGUGUCUUCAGCAACACAUGUAAAAAUGCUGAACAGUGUUUUAUUGCUGGGCGUUUUAACGGUGACCGUUUUCUCCUCGAAGACAGAAAGCCGCAAAACUUCCAAAGACAUUUGUAAGAGUCGCUGCUUUUGCGAGGAAAGGGAGAACAUUUUGAAUAUCAACUGUGAAAAUAAAGGAUUUACCACAGUCAGUCAGUAUCAACCACCACAAAACAAAAUAUGCCAACUCUUUUUAAAUGGAAACUUUCUGUCCAGGCUCAAUCCCAACGAGUUUGUUAAUUACGGCAAUGUUACAAGCCUUCAUUUGGGAAACAAUGGUUUACAAGAAAUUAAAACCGGGGCUUUUACGGGACUUAAAUUUUUAAAGCGACUUCAUCUCAACAACAAUAUACUGGAAAGUAUUAAAGAAGACACCUUUGCCGGUUUAGAAAGUUUGGAGUACUUACAAGCAGAUUACAAUUAUAUCAGCUCUAUUGAGGCAGGUGCGUUCAGUAAACUGAAUAAACUCAAAGUCCUAAUACUUAACGACAAUCUACUGCCUUCUCUCCCAAACAAUAUUUUCCGUUUUGUUUUGCUAACCCAUCUGGAUUUGAGAGGGAACCGACUGAAAACGCUGCCUUUUGCUGGUGUGUUGGAGCAUAUUGGAGGUAUUAUGGAAAUCCAGCUGGAGGAGAACCCGUGGAAUUGUACUUGCGACCUCAUCCCUUUGAAAGCAUGGUUGGAUACCAUUUCAGUUUUCGUGGGAGACAUAGUCUGCGAAACGCCAUUUAGACUCCAUGGGAAAGACGUCACACAACUGAUAAGGCAAGACCUUUGCCCAAGAAGAAAUGCUGGCGAUUCUAGCCACCGCAUAAUGCAGUCUCCAUCAGAUUCUCAGUACCAGGGUCCCUAUCCAACAUUACACCCAGGCGUCACUCCAACAAGAACACCGAAGGCGUCCCGUGCCCCCAAAAUGAGAAAUCGCCCGACACCGAGGGUAACAGCGUCCAGUAGAGAUAAGCAUAUAUUUGGACCCAUCAUGGUUUAUCAGACGAGGUCUCCCUUAACAAUUAUAUGUCCAAAUGUAUGCAUCUGUACUUUGCAGAAUCCGGACAGUGGAUUAAAUAUAAAUUGUCAAGAAAGAAAACUGUACAAUAUAUCAGCUCUCCACCCCAAACCCUCUUACCCAAAGAAAUUGCAUCUGACAGGUAAUUAUCUACAAGUAAUAUAUAGAACGGAUCUUGCAGAAUAUACUUCCCUGGAGCUUCUCCACCUCGGAAACAACAGAAUAGCAAUUAUUCAAGACGGGGCUUUUGAAAAUCUGACAAGUUUACGCAGACUUUACCUUAACGGCAAUUACAUCGAACGACUUACGCCGUCGUUGUUUUCGGGGCUGCAGAGCCUUCAGUAUCUAUACUUAGAGUAUAAUGUCAUCAAAGACAUUCUGCCAGAAACAUUUAACUCCUUGCACAAUUUGCAGUUACUGUUCCUCAACAACAAUUUGCUAAGAUCUUUACCCGAUAAUGUUUUUGGGGGCACAAUGCUGACAAGGCUUAACCUCAGAAAUAAUCAUUUCUCCCACCUGCCCGUGCGGGGUGUGUUGGACCAGCUCUCAGCUUUUAUUCAGAUUGAUCUCCAAGAAAACCCAUGGGAUUGUACUUGUGACAUUGUCGCUCUGAAGAACUGGAUGGAGCUGUCCAGCACCAGCGUUGUAGUUAAUGAAAUCACUUGCGACUCACCCUCUAAACAAGCCGGACGCCUUCUGAGAUCUCUACGAAAUGAUGCGAUUUGCCCAGAAACGGGCGUAGUCACAGAAACCACGGAACCCACUGUGAGUACCAGCCCUGAUACAACCCUUUCUACUGCCAGUGCAGACUCCGACACCGUGUCAGAAAUGCACCCAGAAGUACCCCUGUCUGUCUUAAUUCUGGGUCUUUUGGUUGUGUUCAUUCUCUCGGUCUGCUUCGGCGCAGGUUUGUUUGUAUUUGUACUUAAACGACGUAAGGGGUCCGAAAACAUCCCCUCAAGUGCUAAUAAUUUGGACUUGAAUGCUUUUCAGGUCCAGUACGGUUCCUAUAACACAGAGUCCAACGCAGACAAACCGGAGAACAAUGUAUAUAAUUACAUACCCCCGUCUGUAAGUCAGAUGUGUCAAAACCCAAUUUAUAUGCAGAAGGAAGACGAUCAAGUAGCUUUCUACAGAAACUUAAAGGAACUGAACUUUAGUUCCCUGGAUCCUAAAAAGGACGAGCUGUCCCGAAGUCCUGCAUAUACUAUAAGCACCGUGGGGUUCAAUGAGAAACAACCUUGUGGAAAUCAGGAGUCGGAGCUGCUCUAUCAGAACGUUGCGGAAAGAGUUAACGCGCUUCCAACUGCAGGGGUACUAAACUAUAAUUUUUGUACCUUGCCCAAAAGACCUCCCGCGCCCCCAUACGACUCGAGGCGCAACAACCAGGACAGGUUAAAUAAAGCAGUUCUGUAUGGGACCCCGAGGAAAUAUGCCGAACAGUGUCAAAAUGAAUACCCAAUGCUUCCAGGGAAACUAAAGACGGUACCAGAUUACCUCGAAGUUCUGGAAAAACACACUGCCAUGAGCCAGUUGUAAAAUAUAUUCAUUAAACCUUUACUUCGUUACGUAAACAUUUCUCUAUCCAUGUAACCUGAAAAUAAUGAGGACAUGUCAACAGCGCGAUUCCGUUUUUCGUCUCCUUCAAGCUGUGUAAAUGAGCAAAUGUUAAAAUAUGCGGUAAAGGGUGGUAUGCCGCAUUCUUUUAGGUUUUACACUUUACCUGCUUGAAACGUAGGUUAUACUAGCAAUUUUCACAACAUUUGUAUAAUAGAAGUUUGUGCUUAUAAGGGAUCUCUGGUCAAAAAAAAUGUCCCUUUUUCCGAACUUCAGCAGCUCUGAGUCCUUUGAAAACUUGUACAUAUAGGGUGUGAUGGUUG